GAGCCAACGAAUCGUGCAGGACCUAAUUUUCGCUGGAAAGCAUAGAGAAGCAAUCCAUCGCCUCAUGAAAAUUGACCCCGCCCAUCCCAGAUUCGUUGAAGAUGCGUAUAAAACCGUGAGCAUAGCCUCCCUGCACUUAGAAAAGGACGAGAGAGAGAGUGUCAUCACCCUGACAGCCGUCAACAUGAUGUCCAGCGGCCAUGUCACAGACGGAGUGCAGAUGCUCUGUAUUAUAGGUAAAUACGCCACCGCUUGCAACUACCUACAAACCUACGGCAUGUGGGAGAAGGCCGCAAUGCUCGCCAAGUCAAAGCUCACACGGGAAGAGUACUCAGCCAUCUUGCAACGUCAUGUGGAGUAUCUCGCAUCCCCACGAAUGAACCGGAUCGUGGAGGCCGUCAAGCUGUCACUGUCGCUCGGCAGCUUUGUCAAAACAUUGGAGUUAAUGCUACGAAUAGACAGUCCGUCUUUGGCCUGUCUCUUCAUGCACUCUCUGGAAGAGUACGGCUACCUCGACUGUACUUUAACGCAGGAAGAUGUCAAGCUUAUUGAUGAAACUGAGUUGAACGAGCAAACACCUGAGACCCACCGCAAAAGUUUGGUACGAAGGGUGUACCGAGAGUAUGCCGAAUAUCUUAUGAAGAUGGAAAAUGUCAAGGCGAGUCACUACUACUGUGACCUGACACUGGACCCCAUCUUGAAGGAGCUGCUAUCCACCCCUCAACCAUUGCCGCCGUCUAAAACUUGAACAAGAAGAAGAAGAAAUAUCGAAAAGUGAUAUUAAAAUGCAUUUCGCGAUGUGUUAUUGUUUGCAUCAGGAGGGCGGUCGUCUGCUUUUAUAAAUAUGUGACCUCACAGAGUACUUGGAAAUAUGUACCAUGCUUUCAUGAUCUAUGACGCUACAUAAAAUAUAAAAUCAAUGACCAUGUGAUGGGUUGCCAUCUGAAUCA